UGGCCCGUAAACAUGCAAAACGAAACUCCAUCGUGCAUGAAAAGGAAAGAAGGCGUGCAAAAUGCCAACGUAGAUUCAACGUCCCAGGGAUUAUAUCCAAAAACUACCAUGUGGUACUGGUGAAACUCCCCACAACAAUUGGAAGAUGCUCUCACCCACAAAACACUGCUGUUGAAUACAUAGCUCAUUAUCGUUCCUAUGUUGAAACAUUCAUGAUUUUUGGAAGACUCCGUAUCAUUAUUCUUUCCUUUCCACAAUUGCCGUACCUGUUGGCAAAGCGAUGUCCUCGUUUUACCAAGUGACUGUACGCAUCAGCGAUCUGCUCUGAAGAACAAACGAAGAUUUGACCUGCGAAUGAGAAGAAAAGGAGUUUGCGGCAGACCUGCUGCUGUCGGCCGGCUCGCCGUGGACGCGCGACCCCUGGUGGUCGCCAGAGGUCCGCCCACUGCUGGUGGAGGCGGUACGCCACGGCAGCCACGUGACCAGCCGGGGCCUGCUGGCGCGCCUGCAGACGCUGCAGCUGCCCCGACAGAAUAUCUCCGCUCUGGGAGACCAGCUGACCGGCCUGAGCCGGCUGACCGCUUUGUCACUGGCCUGCAACGAGCUGACCUCGGUGCGCGGUGCCGACCUGCCGCGCAGCCUGCGAACGCUCCAGCUGUAUGGCAACCAGCUGGGCGACCUGCGCGACCUGACCUCCGGCUGUCCGCCGCUGCAGCGACUCGCGCUGGGCCGCGUACAGCUGACCGACGAUGGUCUUCAGGAGCUGGCUGUCAUCCUCAGCGGCAGCCUGUCCUCUCUGAGAGUGCUGGAUCUGUGCGACAACGACAUACGCGGUCCGGCUGCAGUUACUGCCCUGAUCACGGCCGUGCCGAACAUCCGCUCCCUUACCCUGUCUGGGAACCCGGCAUUCCUGGCGACCGGCUACUAUCAGCAGUUCUUGGCCCAGUCGGGCCGGCUGAGGGUGCUGGACGAGGAGGAGCUGGACGAAGCGGCGCUGGUGGCGUUGGCGGACCAGCUCCGAGAAGCCGACGAGGCCCCCGAACCGUCCGCCAAGAAGACGCCGGCCAAAAAGAAGCCUCCUAAGAAGAGCGCCAGACGUCCGGCACCAGACCUGGACCCCGCCAGAUUCGAGCCUUGCCUGCAUUCCGGCCUCAUCCGAGUAACGGGCCUUAUUUACUUGCCUUUCGUCCCGAGAGAUCAGUGGCCGGGGCUAGAGCUGUGCGUGGUGUUCCAGUGGGGCAGCACCCAGGUCAGCCCGCCAUCUACCUCACCACUUCCAGGGCAGGAGGACGCUGCUGGGGGCGCCGCAGCCGACGAAAGCAACGCGCUCGGCCCGCUGGAGGCGCUGCUGCUGGACCGCAGUGACGUUACGGUGCUGGAGACACCGCUCGAGUGGUACUGCUCCGACCUGCGCCGACUUCGGGACGCCGUGCUCGCCGGCCUCCGGGUGGAGAUCCUGCGACGAGAGAAAUGGAGUCCAAAGAAGAUAAAAAAGGGGAAGACAAAGGAUCCUAAAAAGGAAAGCAAAAAAGAUGAUAAGAAACGUUCAGGCGAACAAGAUGGAAAGAAGAACAAAAAGACGGUAGAAAAGGGGGCCAAAAAGAAAACAAAAGAUACCAGUGAAAAGGCAGUGAAAGGCAAGAUAAAAUCCAUGGGAAAGGAAGGGAAGCACGCGGACGACGAGCGGCCGCCGGAGGACGACGACCGGCCGCCCCCCGAGACCAGCCUGGGCGCGGUGCUGCUGCCACUGCGGGGACUGCUGCGGCCGACGGCACCGCUGCUGCUGUACGGCACGGCCUCGGACGCCGCCGCACCGGCCGCGUUCACCGACACCCACUGGGCGGAUGCUAUCCAAGCUAUCAAGGACGAAAAGAAGGAGAGGAAAUCUGCUAUGAAGAAAGCCGCAAAGGAAGACAAGAAGGAAACCAAAAAGAAGAAAAAUUCCUCGCUUACUCGAUCGGGCUCAAGUAAGAAAAAGUCUGCAGCACCCGAGCCUACCCCUACCAUACAAUGCUACUUUGCCGUCGAACUGUACCGAAAACCCGUCAUUAAAACGACGGCCGCCAAUAUUACGCACCUUCCAAUAGACAACAUAGCGUGAAAAAAUACGCUACUUGUAUUGAAGCCCGUAUCUUCCAAACACAUGGGAUUUCCUGAUAUCGUUUUCAUUCUUGUAUAACUACCAACACAAAUAUACCGUGAAUUCUG